AUGACGGAUUCUGACAGUCAAAAUGCCUCGAUUGGGGACUACGAUGAGGAGGUCGAGUAUCUCAGCGACGAAGAGGUGGACAUCAUGUCCUACUCUCCCGAGGACACCCGCCGACCGGCGCCAGCCCCCGAGCAGACUCCAGAACAAAACAACGCGUCAAGCUCCUCCGGGUCGUCGAGCUCCAGCUCAAGCGGAUCGGGGAGCUCCAGCGAAGAGGAGGAAGAAAGAGCUUCAUCAGAGAGACAAGCUAUGGCAGAGUUCGGUGAUGAGGAUGCUUCCCUUCCCCCGCCCGCCAAGAUCUCCCUUGGCGGUAAGAAGAAAACAAAGGCGAAGCCAGCUGGGGAAAAGGAGAUCCCCUCGGCCCGACCACUGAGUGCCUCGACUGUGACGACGGGCGAGGGCUUCAUCGUCGAGCCGUCUGAUGUCCUGGUCACCCGGGUAGAAGUUGCCCGAGGCAAGGAGAAGGUCACCGAUCGAGGCGUGGCCGAGAUUUCCCGUGCGGCCCAGCUUCUACAAGGUCGGGCAAUGCUGGCCGAGGAAGCCGACCGUCACAAGAAGAUGGCCGCCCGGCGCCUUCAGGAGGUGAAGGAUGUUCAGGCCGAACUGGAGAAAGUCCAGAAGGCCCUGAAGAAGAGUGAGGAGGAGCGGGUCCUAGCGGAGAAGGUCGCCCAGCGGGCGAUCGGUGAGAACAAGGAGCUGAAGACCCGCUUGGAGAGUCCGGAAGCGCUGGCGCACUCGGCUUUCAAGGACGACCAGACAGGUUCGGCCUUCCUCACAGCUGCUCGGCGGACCAAGGUCGGGGAGGACUUGAUUCUCUCCUUUGGUCGGUGGGCCUUCAAGGCCGGCCAAAGGAAGAUGUUGGAAAAGGCCCAGAAACGGUUGGGGGAAGCCCUCGAAGGAGACGACCUCCAGCUCGUACUGUCUGCCCUUCCUCCCGACCUAGCUGACCCCGGUCCCUCUCCCUUCGCUCCGAAAGAAAGAGCGGCCGAGCCCGGUGGAUCGUCUGCGGCCACCCCGAGCGGGAAGGAAACGGCUGCUGGAGCUCAGGAAAAGAAGUAG